UAUCGACCACCCGUCAAGCAGACAGUGGUGGGAAGCGAGGGGGGGGGGGAAGCGAGGUGACCCUGAUUUCCGGUACGACGUGUCGGAGGCUGCCACACCGGACUAAAAAAAAAAACGGAACCAUCACGGACAAAAUGACGUGUUAACGGCGGCCAGACAGCAACCGUCGUCGGGAUGUCUGACGUCACUGGCGUGUUUCCCGCCCGCUGAGAGCAAGCAGUCGUCACCACUGCGCGUCUCAUCCCGGGGUGCGAUGGUUCCCGGUGCGGCGUGUUGUUGAAUCCAGACGUCGGUCACAUGAUCCGCUCGGCGGGGAAGCGAGCUGUUGCGCGGGCACAGAAGUGAACGCGUCUGCACGCACGCACGCGCACGCACAAGGACAGGCGGACAGAGGACAAAGGGACACUUCCUGUCCGUCCUGGUCGACCGGAUGGGGGGGAAGCAGAGCACGGCGGGCCGGCCGAGGGCUUCUUUUCCCGGCGUGUCCGCGGAUGACAGCGCAGUGCCGGUACCGCCCUCCGCCCAUUUCAGCCACUACAGGUCCGGCGGCACCAUGGGCCUGCGCAGCCGCUCGGUGAGCUCCGUGGCCGCGAUGGGCAUCGAACACAGUCCCGCCCUGCCCUUCGGCUUCUACACCUCCAGAAACGCGGACCCGGACCGGGCCGGGGUAGGAGGAGCGGAUGGAACUCCCGCCGCCUCCCACGGCACCGACUACCAGGACGCUGGCGGUGGACGGCACCACACGGAAGGUGUGCUCUACCUGGGCUCCCGGGGGUCCCUGGCCGACACCUUGCCCCUGCACAUCACCCCCCGCUGGCUCAGCGCGCACAGCGGCUUCAAGUGUCCUGUCUGCUCAAAGUCGGUGGCGUCAAAUGAAAUGGAACUUCACUUCAUCAUGUGUCUGAGCAAGCCUCGGCUCUCCUACAACGAUGAUGUGUUGGCGAGGGAUGCUGGAGAGUGUGUGAUCUGUCUGGAGGAGCUACAGCAAGGAGACACCAUAGCCAGACUCCCGUGCCUCUGUGUCUACCACAAAAGUUGUAUCGACUCGUGGUUCGAGAUCAACCGGUCCUGCCCAGAACACCCUUCUGACUGACCACAGGCCUGCGGACGAUGCUGGUCAAGGACUAGGUCGUAUUCCCGCCGUGGAAUUUGGGACACAAGCGCAACCGAACACGCAGAAACAAAGAGUUUGCAUACUAAAAGGAAUCAAAUCCCCUUAGAAGAUAACUUUUCCCAAUGGAACCAAAACACAUCCUGAAAGGGCCCUGUCCUGAGACCUCACCCCGUUUCUGCUGGAGACCCUCCAUCCGCCGAACAGACUGCCGACCGAACAUUCCCCCCUCGCAGGUUCCAUUAAAGAGCUUCAUUCACUGACGUAGCCGCCUGCCUUGCUCAUGAGCUCAGGUCCUCGCAGGCCGGGGGCUGGCAGCCUUUGUCUCUCGCCUUCCCCUGUGGCCUUAACUCGCAAGCGGGAGAGGAAGCCGACUGACGAGUGAGGCCAGCGAUUUUGUAAACUCUCCAACCGUGUCGUGUGUGUGUGAGUGUGUGUGUGUGUGUGUGUGUGUGUGUGUGUGUGUGUGUCAUAUUCAAAUGUUUACAGCCUCGAUGUUUCUUGUGUGUGACUGGCAGUCGUCCCUUUACUUUGCUAAAGUUUACAGCGACAGAAAAGCUGCGUGACGCAUGGUAACGUAAAACGCCGCUACGCUGUGUCCCCGCUAGAGUAGGUCAGACGUGUGCCCGACCGGAGACGAGAUCCACUCGGACCCGGAAAUAAGACCGCGGUCCCGCGGUAGAUCCGUUUCAAAGGUGCGUAUUUAUUAAUUUCUUCAUUCUCAACAAUAUUUGUUUGAUAUCACGGCCAUGUCGGACACGACUCUGCAGAACGCCAACAGUUGACGUGUGAAGAAAACAAAGCUACUGUCAACAAACGUUGGAAUAAAUUGUGUUAGAUGACAUUAACGUGUCCUUUUCUUCUGGGUGUGAACGUGGAAAAUAAAAAUCAAUGCUUGGAUGUGGAAGAAACAUUCCUAUUUUUUACUGGAUGUAGAGCCACAGGAUACUGUAACUACUGUAC